CGGCGCGCGCGGACUGCGGUAACUGAGAGCGCGCGGCCGCGGAGGUGGCGGCGGCGCUGCUGCCUCCCGGCGUCCCGCUCGCCGCCGGGCCGUCGCUCCUGCUCCUGCCACCUUCAGAGUAAUUGUCAGGCUACCCUAGAAUCAACCCUAAGAGCCUGAGAGCUGGGGAGCACAUGAUGAGCAGCUGAAGAUUUGGGGAACAGCAUUAGUGUAGAGGAAGCCAAACAAGAAAAGCCAAAUAAAAGUUAUCCAGACCACGCAGGAAAUGGAACAAGAAACUCCAGACAUGGCGGAUUCUGCAGAGCAGAAAGUCAUAGGGAAGUCACAGCCGGGGGAUGACUCAGGUGAUGGAAGAGAAAAGGCUGAAGCAGAAGAGAAGGAAGAACUGAUGGAAACGUAUCAGCUGCAGGUAGCUGAGGAAAUGGCCAAGGAGAUCAAGAAGAAAAUCAGAAAGAAACUGAAGGAGCAGCUGACUUACUUUCCUUCAGAUAGUCUGUUGUAUGAUGACAAACUGGGCAGUGAUAAAAGAAAGAAGAAGAAGAAAAAGAAGAAAGUGCCAGUCCCAUCAAAACCUGAAACAAGUACCUUGGACGCCUGUGAUAGUGCAAUUGAAGGUGAACAAGAGAAAGAAUGUCGUGUUGAAGCUGUUACUUCAGGAUCUCACCACAAUGAGGACAUAUGCUCCACGGAGCAGAAUGCAGAUGACAGUAUACCAGAGAACAGAAAGCCCAAACCCAAGAAGAUCAAAAAGAAGACUAAAGCAGUUCCGGUUGGUAAUGAAGACACUGAUGGUGAUGGUGUUCAUGAGGUAACAUGCCGAGACAGUCCAGUCUACCCCAAGUGUUUGCUUGAUGAUGAUCUUGUCAUGGGAGUCUACAUCCACCGGACUGACCGGCUUAAAUCGGAUUUUAUGAUUUCUCACCCAAUGGUAAAAAUUCACGUGGUUGAUGAGCGUACCGGUCAGUAUGUCAAGAAAGAUGACAGUGAACGCCCUGUUUCAUCUUACUAUGAAACACAAAAUGUGGACUACAUUCUUCCUAUUAUGACUCAGCCAUAUGACUUCAAAAAGCUGAAAUCAAGACUUCCAGAGUGGGAAGAACAAAUUAUAUUUAAUGAAAAUUUUUCCUAUUUGCUUCAAGAGUUUGAUGAGUGUCCAAAAGUCAUCCUGUUCUUUGAGAUUCUUGACUUUCUAAGCAUGGAUGAAAUUAAGAAUAACUCCGAGGUUAAAAACCAGGAAUGUGGCUUUCGGAAAAUUGCCUGGGCAUUUCUUAAGCUUCUAGGAGCCAAUGGGAAUGCAAACAUCAAUUCAAAACUUCGUCUGCAGCUCUACUGCCCGCCCUCUAAGCCGCGGCCCCAGUCAGAUGUUGUCGAGGUAUUUGAAUGGUGGGCCAAGUGUCCGAGAAAUCGUUACCCGUCAACACUGUAUGUGACUGUGCGAGGCUUGAAAGUUCCGGACUGCAUAAAGCCAUCUUACCGCUCUACGAUGGCCCUUCAGGAGGAAAGGGGUACUCCACUGUAUUGUGAGCACCACCGGGAGACAAGUUCAGUGGACACAGAGCCCGGUCUAGAGGACUCAAAGGAGACAGUCAAGUGGAAACGUCUGCCUGGCCAGGCUUGCCGUAUCCCCAACAAGCAUCUCUUCUCACUGAACGCUGGAGAACGAGGUUGUUUCUGUCUUGGUUUCUCCCACAAUGGAAGGAUAUUAGCAGCAGCUUGUGCCAGCCGAGAUGGAUAUCCGAUUAUAUUAUAUGAAAUUCCUUCUGGACGUUUCAUGAGAGAGUUGUGUGGCCACCUCAAUAUCAUUUAUGACCUUGACUGGUCAAAAGAUGAUCGCUACCUGGUUACCUCAUCAUCUGACGGCACUGCCAGGGUUUGGAAGAAUGAGAUAAACAGUACGAGUACGUUCAGAGUCCUGCCGCAUCCUUCUUUUGUCUACACAGCCAAGUUCCAUCCAGCCACACAGGAGCUGGUGGUCACAGGAUGCUAUGACUCUGUGAUACGGGUGUGGAAGAUUGACGUGAGAGAAGAUGCUGCCCUGUUAGUCCGCCAGCUUGACACGCACAAGAGUUUUGUCAACUCUGUCUGCUUUGAUGAGGAAGGUUACCACAUGUACUCAGGAGACUGCAUCGGUGUCAUUGUUGUUUGGGACACUUAUGUGAAAGUCACGGACUUGCAGCACUCUGUGCGCCACUGGACGAUAAAUAAGGAAAUUAAGGAAACUGAAUUCAGGGGAGUUCCCAUAAGUUAUCUGGAGGUUCAUCCCAAUGGAAAGCGUUUGUUAAUCCACACCAAAGACAGUACACUGAGGAUCAUGGACCUGCGGAUACUAGCAGCCAGGAAAUUUGUUGGUGCGGCAAAUUAUCGGGAGAAGAUCCAUAGCACUUUGACACCAUGUGGGACUUUCCUCUUCUCUGGGAGUGAGGAUGGGAUAGUGUAUGUUUGGAACCCAGAGACAGGAGAACAAGUAGCAAUGUAUUCUGACCUGCCAUUCAAGUCAACUAUUCGAGACCUAUCUUACCAUCCCUUUGAGAACAUGGUUGCGUUUUGUGCAUUUGGACAGAGUGAGCCGGUUCUUCUGUAUGUUUAUGACUUCCAGGUAGCCCAGCAAGAGGCUGAGAUGUUCAAACGCUAUAAUGGGACACUCCCAUUGCCUGGAAUACAUCAGAGCCAGGAUGCUUUGUGCACCUGUCCCAAACUGCCAUACCAAGGCUCUUUUCAGAUUGAUGAGUUUGUCAACACUGAAAAUAAUUCAUCCAGAAAGAUUCAACUUGUGAAACAGAGACUCGAAACUGUCACGGAGGUGAUACGAUCCUGUGCUGCAAAAGUCAACAAAAAUCUCUCAAUAACCUCACCACCACCAGGCCCUACAAAGAAGCCAAGGGCGAAACAGCCAUCUGUGCUGACCACUGAUGAGAUCAUACAUCAGUUUGGAUUCCCUCAGACUGCAUUUACAGGCAUAGAAAGAAGGCCUUGCAUCCAUCAAGUCGAUGCACCACCAAUGGUAGUGGCUCUUUACGACUACACAGCAAGCCGAUCAGAUGAACUAACCAUCCAUCGCGGAGACAUUAUCCGAGUGUUUUUCAAAGAUAAUGAAGACUGGUGGUACGGCAGCUUAGGAAAGGGACAGGAAGGUUUCUUUCCAGCUAAUCAUGUGGCUAGUGAAACCCUGUAUCGAGACUCACCUCCGCAGGUAAAGGAGCGAUCCCCUCCAUUAACUCCCAAGGAGAAAACUAAAACAGAAAAACCUUGGGCUUCUCAAAAGCAGUCCCUCAAGUCCCUGGAUUCCACACUGGGCUCACAGUCUGUGGCACAGUCUGAGAAGAGCACAGAACAGAGCUGGGAGGACGGAGGACACAGAGCAAAUAUGCAGAGGAAGAAGAAAGUCACCCUGAUAGAGUGAAAAGUUGGGAAAGAAUGAAGAAACAACCCGAUGAAUAGAAAUGAAAAGCCUAAGCCAAAUGGAUUUCUGUUGAGAUGUUGGAUGAAAACAAGUAUCCACUGUUUACCAACUUGACGAAAAAUCUCAACUGAGGUUUGGCUGUUAAAAAAAAAAAUUCACUGUGGCCUCUGUGCUUAAUUGUCGUAAACCAUUGUGACUGUUACUGCUCAAAGUAUCGUACUGUUCAUUAGUAACUACAUCAGAAUUGCACCGCUGCUGUUGGAAAAGCCAAUAAAGAAACCCCCAGACUGCUGCUCAGCAAAUGUUAAUAAAGUGUGCGCACCGUAGGCCUGUCCACCCAGUCACCAAGCAGCGUCCCUUUGUCUGCGAGUGGCUGUGGGUGUGAUUCACCACUCAGAGUGCACAGCACCUGCUUGUGCCCUUAAGUGUGUGUCAGAGACAAGCAGCUUCUCGGUAACCAACAACCUGCUUUUCGGAGCUCAGUGUUUAGGCUGUUUAUGAAUCAUAUAUGUAACUCAGCACACAUAAGCGAAGAGAGAUUUUGGCUGCACUGGCAAGAGUGAACCAAAUUUACUUCUAUUUUUUAAAGGCAGAUCAUAUUUAAGCAUAUAAGUAAUUUAUGGAUAUAAAUUGUUGGAUAUUUAUUUUAGUCUGAAUAUUUGUUUUUAAAUUAUUACAUGUGUUCUCUAUGUCUUUAUCUCUGGAAUAACGAUGCCAUUAACCACAUGGCCAUAUGUUUUGAAGUUGGGUGUAACAGAGGAAAAGUCAUCCUUCUUGGUUCUUGACUCCCUUUCCUCAACUACAUGAUAAGUCUAUCAAUAAGCAUUUGACCUCAGCAGGGUCAGAGCCUGUAAAGUUAGAAAACUCAUUGACCACAGUAGACAAUUGAUUUCUUAGAAAUAAGAAGUGAGAGCAGCUGCUGUGCUGAGCAGGGGAUGUAAACAAGUCCAGAUGCACCAACGUGAAGAGGCUUCUAGCAAAAAUAUGUUUGCCUCUCACCCCUGCACAUGUUCUAGAUGCUUAAAAACAGCCACAUGGCCCCGCUGCGAGGACCUCGUAAUGUUGUUGUUGUUGUUGUUGUUGUUAAAGGAGUUCUCACAAGCGUACAGUGCAGCACUGAAAGUGGCUGAGGCCCACAGUCCUCAGCACCCAAGUCUCUCCCGCCAGCACGCCAAGCUGGUGUUGUUCCGGUUGUGUAUGUCUGUGCUCCAGUGCCAAGCUGGUGUUGUUCCGGUUGUAUAUUAUGUGCCCCAGGUGUUUUGGGGCCAGAGCUGACCCACGCUGUACACACUUCUUUUCUGUCUUUCGAGUAUACUGCUUGAUACAAGUAAAAAUAAAUAAAUAAAUAAAGACUUAUGUCU